UUGGCUGUGCACAUCCGCCGAUUACCAACACUGUUCAACUGGUUUGUUGUUAAUAAUCAGUAUAAAAUGACAGUUUUCUUAAGCAAUAGACAAAAAUAAUGCCAGAAAAUGGGUAUAGCUCGGCGCCCACAGAGGCUGCAUUUCGGAGCAUGCGCUGCCAACUGGCUGGCAGCACUUUUGGCCAACGACGCGAGGACAUCUUUCGUCGCCUUCAGGAAAGUGCGCAUCAAGUUUUGCAAGCUUACGGCGGAAAAGAGCUCGCCUCGGACCGUGAUGAACUGGUCCAGGAACUGUGCGAUUCCCUCGAGGAGCUGCUGUCCUACGGACUGAGGCAAUCGACCAGUGCCGCCUUUAGUGCCGCCAGUUUCAUCCAGAACAUGCAAGAGAUGGUGUCCGGAAAUGCGGGCGGAGGCAGCAACAACAAUGAAUACACUUUCUGGGAGUUUUGCCAGACGCAUUUGACGCCCCACGAACGUCAGCGAUACGAGGACCUUAAGCAGAUUUGGACCAACUUGGGCAAGGGGCGUGCUUUCAUUCGCGCCUCGCUGAACGAGAGGCGACUGCAUAGCCAUGUACUUUCCUGGCUGAGCGACGAGGAGAAACUGCAUCGUUUCUACACACCCUGGUCGCUGCUGUUAAAUGAUGAGGCGGCCAAGAAGCUGCCAGAGAUCAUAAACUCCCUCGGAGAUGUUUUUUUCGCACUCAAUGUUGACACCACAGAGCUAAAUGCGCCCAGGAGAUCGGCGGCAACGGUUCCCGCCAGAGAGGAACCUAUUAUAUAUGCCCCCGAACCAGUGCCUGUGAGGAGGCGCCAAGAAAGAUGUCCUGGCAAUGUCGUGGAGAGACCCAUUGAGGGCAGCAGCUCCACAGAGGAUUUGCUGGGUGCCCUGAGGCCCAUUGAGUCGGUGGAGGUGCAGCAACUGCUGUCCAAGGAUGCAAUUGAAUUGGAGUUGGCCAAGUCUGUGGAUGAAGUCAGUCUGGGUCCCUUUGAUCCCAUUGAACCUGAGUUGGAGUUCCUUAAGACGCCCCUGCCAGAGAUUUGUCCACCGGCUACUGCCACUGCAGAGCCAGAUCUUUUUGAAGACCGCAGCGAUACGUCUUCGCAAUGGAGUAAGUCCUCCUCCUCUGCGAACUGCGUGACUAACAGCCAGCAACAGGCAGCGCUGGAGCAGCAGAUGAAUCAGCUAAGCGAAAGAUGCGCUUUCCUGGAAACGCGUGUGGCCGAGCUUAAUCUUCAGAACCGCCUGCUUAUCCGAAGGCUUACCAAACAGUUCGAGGAGACCGGCAUCGAUCCCAGCUCAUCGCUUUGCUCCAACUUCCUGAUAACCAUUCCACAAGUGAAGCUGACCAAGACGCAGCGAUCCGGAUCCCACUACACCUACGAGGUUCACAUCACGAUGCGAGAGCGUUUGGAGCAUUGGACGCUGUUUAGGCGGUACAGCGACUUUAACAAACUCCACAAAACACUGCUAAAAACCCAUCCGGUGGUGAGUGCAGUGGAGUUUCCACCCAAAAAGCAUUUCGGCAACAUGAACCUGGUCUUCGUGGAGGAACGGCGACAGCAAUUGCAGAUAUACCUGCUCAAUCUGGUUGAAGCCCUGCCGCAAGUUGAGGCCUGCAAGUCCAAAGCCGAGCUGCAGAAGGUCUUCCCCUUUUUCAGGGAUAGGUAGCCCUUAGGCAACCUUUGAGGAACGUAAGCCAACUAAACCCAACCAAGGAAGCUCGAAAAGGACAAGUAUUUCCCCUUCUAUUAUUUAUAUUUUAUUGUAAUGAUCUUUACUUAUAUGUGUAAAAGCGGAGUUGGUCAAGGUGCUGUAAUGAUUGAUAUUAAAUAAAGCUAAGACUUUUUCAUCUAUGGAA